AGAGGAGCCGUGUUGUGCCCUGUAUCUGGAUGCGACUCGAUCGGCGAUGCCUAAGAUGAAGCAUCUGUUGCGAAAGCUUCACAUCGGCGGUGGCUGCAACAACGGCAACCACCACCCGUCGCCGCCGCAGACGGCGGAAGUGACGCCGCCGUCGUCUUCUUCUUCGGCUUCGUUGGAAUCGGCAUUGAUGAGAAUCAGAGCGGUUGAGUCGGCGGAGAAUUCGGUUGAUUUCAAUUUCUUUGAAGAGGAGUUUCAGAUCAAGGACGCCAAGCAGAUUAGCUUAGGGUGUGUGCCCUCUGAAACCCUGACUGAGUCUCUCUCUUCGGUAUUGGGUAAUGCUUUAAUUUUGUUUUUUACAUUGCAUAUGGCAAUCUUUUGUAUGUGCUUUGGUUGCAUUUAUUGGCAAAUUUGAUCGAAUUGCUUCAAUAUUCUUACUCCAGAUCUGUGUUUUUUUGUUUAUAGAUA